AUGUCAGAGAUCGAACCAGGACAUCGAUAUGAACUGGUGUGUACGACUACAGCCGGACUUGUUCGAUAUCGAAUGGGAGAUAUAAUCAACUGCACACGAUUUCUUUGUCGAGCUGAUGAUUUGGUUCCAUUACCCGAAGAACCAGUCGAGAUCCCUCGAAUUCCUCUUAUUUCUCUUUCAUAUCGUGCUGCAAAUCUCUUGAAUGUGAUCGCUGAAAAAACAACUGAACAACAUGUUAUGUAUGCCCUUCAACAAACCAUACAGAAGUGGAAAGGACAAGGAAUAGAAAUUGACUUAUGUGAUUUUACAUCGUAUUCAAAGCUAGAUGAAUUUCCACCCAAAUACGUCAUCUUUCUGGAGUUGAUUGAAGAAAAAGGAUACAAGCUCGAUUUACAACAACUUCGAUUUCUUCAAAAUACAGUCAGCUCUGAAGUCGAAGAACAUCUUUGCAAAGCAAACGGAAUCUAUCACCAUUUUCGAAAUGCAAAGAGUCUUGAUCCACUUUCCUGUAUUCUUGUUCGAACUGGAACUUUCUCAACUUAUUUGACAAAUGUUCUAUUGACCGAUCGCGUGAGUCCUUUACAAGUCAAACCUCAUCGACUAUUGAAAGACAAUAUUCACAUACGAUUCUUUUAUGAUAAUCAAAUCGAUGCAGAAUCAUCCUAA